AUGUACCUAUUUCUAUGUAAUUUAUCCAUCGUUGAUCUUUGCUACACAACCAUCACAGUCCCUAAGUUGAUUUACAUGUUCCUAAGUGGUGACUAUGCAUUGUCCUCCGCUCAAUGCUUCACCCAGAUGUACUUCUUCCUACAUGUGGCUACUACAGAGGACCUUCUGCUGUUCAUCAUGGCUUAUGAUCGCUAUGUCGCCAUUUGUAACCCUCUACAUUACCAUCGUAUGUUGAGUAAGAAGAUCUGUGUCCUGUUGAUGGUAGUUGCUUGGGUCAGUGGUUGCAUAAAUUCAACUUGCGCUACAAUAACUUCAUCUAAUAUCCCUCUAUAUUCUAACGCAGUCCCACAAUUCUUCUGUGAAUUCAAAGCUUUCGCCAAAAUUUCCUGCCCCAAUGCCGCUUUUCAGUUAUUUGGCUACAUGGAAGCUGUAAUAUUUGGCUUUGGACCUUUUCUAUGCAGUAUAAUAUCUUAUGUUAAGGUUAUCAUUGUUAUAUUACAUAUAAAGUCUAGUGAUGGCAGAAGAAAGGCUUUCUCCACUUGUUCAUCCCACCUUAUGGUCCUCAGCAUGUUCUAUGGCACCUGGAUGUCCGUGUAUAUAAUGCCACCCAUGAAAGAUACCCGGGUCUUUGAAAUGACUCUUUCUAUUCUGUAUUCAACCAUUACUCCCAUGUUAAACCCUCUAAUAUACAGUGUACGAAAUAAAGAUGUAAGGAGGGCUCUACUGAAGCUGAUGGGGUGCAAAGUCAGAGGAGAGCAGGGUUAA